UGUUUGCUACUUUUUGUGUUUUCGAUUCGAACACGGAAACAGAUAAGAUUUAAGACAAUGGAGGAUUAAUCUGAAUUUAAGUCCCGCUGGUCUUUGAAAUUACUACGCCAUAUCAAGCAAAAUCGAAGAAACGCGACGAUCCACUUGCACAAAAUCCGCGGCGGAGGCAGAUCACAUAGAUGGAGGCACAGUCUCAGAGCAACAAUCCUAACCCUAACCCUAACCCUAACCCUCAUCGGAAUAAUUCGGUAGCGUCAUCGAUGCCGCUGUGGCCAACGAUCGACGGCCCAUUGGGCCUGUCGGAGGAAGAGUCAGUGGGCUACGCUCGCAGGUUCUACACUUUCGGCUUCGCUCUUCUCCCUCUCCUUUGGGCCGUCAAUUGCUUCUACUUCUGGCCCGUCCUUCGCCACUCCCACUCCUUCCCUCGCAUUCGCCCCUAUGUUGUUGGAUCUGCAAUUGGGUUUGCAGUAUGUGCGACACUUCUCAGUUCUUGGAGUCUAACAUUUGCCAUUGGAGGGGAACGCCUCUUCGGCCCUGUUUGGGAUCAAUUGGUUAUGUACAAUCUUGCUGAUAGGUUAGGCUUAACAGGUUGGAGCUAGUUGUGUGGCACCUCUGAUACAAAUAUUUUGAUCUUUUAUUACCACACUUACCUUCUUCCCUGUUUUUUGAAUGCAUCUGCAUUACCUUUACAUUUUACUAUAUUCUAUCAUGGAACUAGUAGUGAAUUUUAUCUUGCUGCCACAGUUGAUAGAUAACAAGCAAUGUUUUGGAAGAGGAUAUA